UGUUUUGCGUUAUAACACUCAAAGGCUAUUAUAUAACCUGUAACGGGGCCUGUGAUAAAUACAUAUUUCACCUGCCUUUUUGCUAAAAGCAAUUAAUUGAAAAUGAUCAACUUUUUGAGAUGUGAAUCAGCUGACGGAACUAUUUAUUUAUCAAUUCGCAGUUACCUUUGCUUAUGAUAGUCCGAAGUAUAGUGGUUUUUUUUCAAUAUAAGCGGUGGUUACAAAUGUUACAAUUAUUAUUUAAUUGUUAUUAAAAUGUCAAAGCACAAGAUGUUUGUUGGUUUUAUUAUUUUUACGUUUAAAGACAUUGUUGUUAUGUCGUAAAAUGUUAGUGGGGUAACUUAUAUGUUAAUACAAUAUUUAAACCAUAGCUGUUUUUAACAUGGGCAUUCAUGUAGUGGCUGUUACUAGUUCUAGUGGACUCCCUCUUUUCACAAGACACAGAGGAGCCUCAGAACAGCUGGAAUUCUCUGUGAUUGGGUCACUAAAUGGAGUGCACAUGUUCAGCAAGAGUCAGAAAGUCAUACUUGACAAUACCCAGACUCAGGAUUCCAGUAUUGUUUGGAAAGAUUUUGAAGAUAGUGUGACACUGAUCGCUGUGGGAUCCCCAGCUAGUGAAGGAACACUGAAGGAACUGGUACAGGCUGUAUUCCAGGCGAUGGUGUUGAGUGUGGGACUUGAGGAGAUCAAAGUCAUCCGAAGUGUUGAGAGAUUGAAAAGAGAUCUUAGGACAUGUUAUCCAAUCAUAGACAGGCUACUGGAAUGCUUGGACACUGGCGAAAGAACAUCUGUCAGAACACCUUUGCUGCCACUUGCUGAGGUAGUUUUACAUGAGGAAAAUUCUGUGUUACAGGCUCGAUUGGACUCAUUUGCGGAAACUCUGGAGACCCUAUUUGCCUGUCUCUUGUUGGAUGGCUGUAUCGCCGUGGCAACGCCUGGUUGGUGGGAGUUAGCUGUCGAGGAACGCAAACUACUUGGUCUGGUUGUGGCUGCCAACGCUAACACCACCUCCAUUGACAUACCUGUCUUUCUACCCUGCAAAAGUCCAUCGGUUCCAUUCCGGCUGGUGGGAGUGUGCCUUCUAAGUGGGGUAUGGGUUUGUGGGCUGUGUGGCCCGACCCCUGACCUGGUCACUGUGGAACAGCUGGCAGCGGGCUGGUGGCGGCGGUCCCUCCCCACACUCUCUAGUGCUCUGCAUGCACCUGCCACUCUCCCAGCCUCCCUGCAGCUGCAUCAGGGCAUCCAAGGUUUGUUACUUGUCCAUUGCGAGGUUGGCAAGUUUGUUCUUUGCCACAACUCAGCGAACAAGAAAGAUUCUCGACCACCGUCAGAUGUGCUCAGGAACUUCUACUAUCACACAGCCAUCCACCUACACAAGCAAGACUUACCGCAGAAGGUGUUGGAGUCCUACUGGUGUUCGGAGUAUCACAAGGUACACGCCCUCCGCUCCGGCAGCAACCUACUCUGUGUGCUAUACUCAUCAGCAGUCCCCACUCACACUAUGCGUCUGAUGACACAACAAACCCUUCAAGCCAUUGUUGCAGACAAGCAGCUGUGUUGGUGAGAUGACAUUGCCUUAAAAAGCUGCGAAGGCCAUUGAACAGUAGCAUAAUGACAAAGUGGAAGGAAGAGAACUUUAUCAUCCUACAAAUAUGAAAGAAGAUAACUUUAAAUAUUAAAUCUUCCCUUAUUUGAAAAUAUUUUCAACUUGGAUUUUGUUGCUAUUAGAUGGUUGCAAGAAGGAAAUGCCAAUUCUUUUUUAUCUUUAUUUUGUGUUUAUAUCUUUCCAAUUGUAUGAAAGUCUGCAUAGCGUUUAAAAAGUACAUAAUCAAGUACAUGAGUAAAAUUGCAAAAAAUACUUUCAGAAAAGGUACAUUUAGGCUCAUCCAAUUGUAUAGCAUUGUAAUAAACUGUGUACUGUUUAGUACAUUGUUUGACCAUUUAAACAUCUCUUUUGUUCAUUAAAUUAACAAGAUUUACACAUAAAAUUAUUUUUUAUGUGUUUACACAAUGAAUUAAAAUUAACAGGCAAUACCGGAGGUAUUGGUAAAUAACAGAAGUAUACCAUGAGGCCAACCAGUUUACGGUUUCAGCAGUUCUACAAACCGUUGAAAAUAACCAAUUAGAUCCUCCUUGGUAAACUCCCCCCCUUGUCCAAACUAUCAAAGAUGGCGUAGCACUUCCUUGCUAUUGCAGGACAGUCAAAGAGCAGGUGUUCAGCAGUUUUCGCCUGCUCGUCAAAUUCUACAUAGCAGAUCCUCACGGAGAAUCCCGUCUCUGAUAAGAUGCUUCCUCAGGUGAUCAUGUCCCGAAAUUAGAUCCACAACCCUAGAAGACACCAAUCUACUUGAGGAAAGGUCAGAUGCCACCCUGGGGUAAUGCGACUGUAGGACCAUUCUGCUCAUUCUCAGAGCCGGAUGCAGCCUCCACCUUCUCUCAUGUUCAGCAUGAACCCAAUUUUAGACAGCCCCAAAGGAUUCACGCACGCCUAUAAAUACCACAAAACGGUUUUAAACGCUAUCAUGUUGGACACUGAGUCCAAGUUGACCAGAGCAUCAGCUCUUUUGUUCCCAGAAACCCCCUUAUGACCAUGAACCCAACAGUCACCUUGUAGAUUUUAUCAAGGGAAGAAAAGACUUUAUAUCAAUUCCAGACAAGUUUGGUGUUGAACACACAAGAGUCCAAUGCCUUUAAUGCUGCCUGGAUAUCUGUGAAAAUGCUAAUUGUCUUACUCCUGUAUCACAAACGAACAUUCUCAUAGUGGGGUAAGGAAAACUGUGGGAUAAGGACCUACAGGAACCACCAGCUCCCUACAUGGUCUCACUCCCACAAUCCCAGUGCCUGUGCCAUUUUUUGUUGUGUGCCAUUUUUUGUUGUAGAGGCAUCCGUAAACCAUUCUAGCUCCACUGAUGGAAGAGGUUUCUUCCCCUCCGACCGAGCUUUCCUAUAAGGUACCUGAAGGGUUUGUCAAAGGAAAAAUCUUCGAAGCAUCUGAUUAGAGAUAAUGUGCAUUUCCCUAAAUCAGGAUGCUAAUUUUGCAGUACUCCCUCUUUGCAACCCGAGGUCAACCAAAGCCCUGCUUGCUGAAGACAGUAGGCACUCUGCAGAGCAGACGUGUGAUAGGUGGGUCUUGGGGACUUAAGCUAAGGCUUUUGUAUUGGUUUUAUGUCUCUGUGUUUAGCAUGCAUUAGUGUUGUGUUGUCGUCUGAUGGCCAAUAACGGAGGCCAGUUUGCCUUGCUAUAACUGGAGCCUUUCUUAGUGCGCUGGGCACGGCUCUAGACUGCUGUCUCAACCUUGACCCCCUGGACACUGUCAUAUGAGCUAUGAUCAGGAGAAGGGUACUCUAUCUUCAUUUAUCUGGGUAAUAAGGUUUAAAUGUUGUCAAGGUUUAUUCUGUGGUAGAAUUCCCUGAAAAAUACAGUGAGGAAAGUUUUUUCUGAAGUAGUUUAUUGCUACUAAUAUCCAGCAGUGUUGCUGAACUACACAACUCAACCUUGCCUGGCUCAUAAUUGUUAUAUACAUAUAUGUAACAGAAAUGUUAUUGUUUUAAAGAAUAAUAGAAUAAGUACAUAUUUUAUUGUGGAAAACAACUGUGAUAUAUUAGCUGCUCUCUAGAUUUAUAUUACAUUUAUAUUUUGUUUUGUUUUUAUAAGUAAAUAUUUGUAUAAGUAGAUUGUAGCUGCACCUCUGUCUAAAAAUUUGAAUGACUCAUUUCUUAAAUUUAGUUUACUGAGUCUUCUCUAUAUACAGUUUUACCAGAUGAAAAAGAAAUAAGCACAUACUAAUAUAAUGUGAUAAAACUAAAAUUGUUGAAAUUCAGGAAACAAUUGUUUUUAAGUAAAUAAAUUUACUAAUAAAAAUUGUUAAUAAUUUUUAAAUUUAUCUUUAUCAAGUGGUUAUAUAUCAAGCAAGGUAUUGCCUGUUGCAGGUUAUGCAGGCAAUAGAGUAAUUUUAAAAUGUGCAAUUUUUACAACUUGAAAGUUACUUCAUGUGCAAGUUUUCAAUGAUUAAUAAAUAAUAAUGUUUUAUAUUAAGUAAUUUUGUUAUAUAUUUAUAUCAUAUUUUAAUAAAAACUUUCAUAUUUUUAUAGAA